AUGCAAGAUUUUAAAAUUAAAUUCAUUCAAAAGAUAAAUUUUAUUAAACCCUGUAUAUCUGAGAGACUUUCAAAUGCAUAUCAAGAGAACUUUCUACGAACACUAUUAUCUGAGAUAUUGAUAAAGACACAGGUUGAACGUUGUUUUGUUAUUAUAUCCGAUGAGUGGUAUAGCAAUAUUUACGAUCACAAUUUCUUUAAAUAUUCUCGUAAUCCGGUGACACAUUUUUACAUACGAGUUAAAGAUGCCGAGGAUUUAAAGUCACCCAACUAUAAUACCGUGCGAGUUCUAAAACAAAUAAAAGCUUUCAAUUGUGAUCUGCACUUUAUUACCCUAUUAAAUGGAAUACAAGUUAAACGUUUAUUGCUGUUUUUGGAGAACUAUCGCAUUUUGAAUACUAAACGGAGAUUUGUAUUUAUGCACGAUGAUCGUCUGUUUGAAGACGAUAUGUAUCGAGUAUGGAGCAAUAUGAUUUUUUCGGUUUUUAUAAAGCCUCUGGAUGAUGAAAAAAGUUUUAUGAUUUCCUCUAUUGCUUUUCCCAAUAUUUUGGUGAAUGGUGCCAUAAUUUCGAAGCAAAUUUUUGUAUGGUUUAAGGGCAAAACUUUAAAGAAGGUUAAGUUGUUUGCUAAUACUUCAGCUAAUUUACAAGGGUUAGAUUUACCGGUGGCUGUUUUCGACCAUGUACCUAUGGUUACAUAUAGUAACCUUAGUAGAACGGAAAUUGAAUACAAAGGCGUUGAGAUUGAAAUUGUUUUAUCACUGGGUAAAGCUAUGAAAUUUAAGCCAUGGUUUUACGAGAGCGCAAAUAGCCAACGAGAACGUUGGGGAAGACAAUUGGCGAAUGGCACCUAUACAGGUUUAAUAGGGGAAUUGAGUUCAAAUUCUGCCAUCAUAGCUAUUGGUGAUUUGCAUGUUUUUAAUGCCUUUAGUUCCAUAAUUGACUUUAGCAGUCCCCACAGCUAUGAAUGUUUGACAUUUCUGACGCCCGAAUCAUCACAGGAUAAUUCCUGGAGAACAUUUAUCCAACCAUUCAGUGGCAGUAUGUGGGCUGGAGUUUUAAUGUCGCUCUUUAUAGUGGGAACACUUUUCUACGUUUUGUCAUUUUUACAUGCUUUGCUAAUGGGCAAGAAAUCUUCGCGUAUUAGCUCUAGAAAGUUUUUCAAACUAUUUCGCCAGCGCAAAAGCGAAAGUCGCAUAUCGAUAAACAGUUAUCGUGAUGUCAGAUUUCGUAGUUAUCUUAAUCAAAUGGUGGUAUUGCUGAAAACAGAAGACUUGUUUGAUAAUUUUGAAAAUUGUAUACUCCUCACAUACUCCAUGCUAAUGUAUGUUUCGUUGCCUCGUAUGCCGCGCAAUUGGCCUUUACGAGUGCUGACUGGCUGGUAUUGGUUAUAUUGCAUUUUGAUAACAGUAAGUUAUCGGGCAAGUUUUACCGCCAUCUUAGCUAAUCCAGCACCACGCAUCACUAUUGAUACUCUAGAGGAGUUAAUGCAAAGCCGCUUGACACUAACAGUUGGUUCCAUGGAAAAUAAACAGUUAUUUGACAAUGCAUUUGAUGAAAUUCUUAAGAAAUUGGGCACAAAAACGGUUAUUAUUAAUGAUAUCAGUGACAUAACCCUGAAAAUUGCCAAGGGAGGUUUUGCUUACUAUGAUAAUCAUUAUUUCUUAAAACAUUUACGUUUAGAGGCAGCCGCAGCCCGCAAGGACGAUGACGUUUUACACAUUAUGCGCGACUGUGUGGUAAAAAUGCCAGUAGCUUUAGGUUUAACACGUAAUUCUCCUUUAAAGCCCUCAAUUGAUAAAUAUUUACAACGUUUAAUAGAGUCGGGCUUAUUGGCUAAAUGGCUGCAAGAUACCGUUCAGCAUUUUCCCGUCGAAGAAGUAAUGCCGCCCGAAGCCUUAAUUGAUUUACAUAAAUUCUGGGGCUCAUUUGUACCCUUAGCAAUUGGCUAUUUUUGUAGUUUUCUUGCAGUUUUAUUUGAGCAUUGGCAUUUUCGUAAUAUCAUUUGUAAGCAUCCCAUGUAUGAGAGAUCCAAUCCAAAAUUGUAUUAUAAUUUUAAAAGAAAAUUUCCGGAUAACUAA